GAAGACUAGACAUACGAUCACAGCCAACCACAUACGGGUUUUUUUCAGCUGCUGAUGAAAAUAAUCGGUUCGUGUUGUUGGGCCGAACCGUUUCAAUGAUAGAAGUCCGUACCUGUACGGGGAUGAAAUAUCAAAUAUAUAAGUUGUAAAACAGCUUUUAGAGGAAUAUAUACCUACAACUGGAUAAAUACCCAAAAUCUGAGGAAUUAUAUGCAAGCUGAAGUGUUGGAAAUUACCUGUGGUUUUUGAUUUGUGAUAGUUUUGACUGCAGCGACAGCGAUACAACAAAGCUGUUUCGCCGGUGCGGUCGCUAGAUUGGGCGUUGCAUCUGUAUUUCAAGAACACAGAACUACUAAAAAAAAAAUAUGGGUUGCGCUACCAGCGCAGAAGAUAAGGCAGCUGCCGAAAGAUCGCGACAAAUUGACAAAAAUCUAAGGCUAGAUGGUGAAAAAGCAGCAAGAGAGGUUAAAUUAUUGUUAUUAGGUGCUGGAGAAUCAGGAAAAAGCACAAUUGUUAAACAAAUGAAAAUUAUUCAUGAAGAAGGGUAUACUGAAGAUGACUGUUUGCAAUACAAACCGGUUGUUUACAGCAACACUAUCCAAUCCAUGAUAGCAAUUAUCAGGGCUAUGGGAUCCCUCAAAAUAGACUUUGGUCAUCCGGAUAGAGCAGAUGAUGCUCGACAGUUGUUCGCUCUUGCUGGGCAAGCCGAGGAAGGAGAACUCAGUCCCGAGUUAUCAGCCACAAUGAAACGUUUAUGGGCAGAUCCCGGGGUCACGGAGUGCUUCAGUCGGUCUCGAGAAUACCAACUCAACGACUCCGCUCCUUAUUAUUUGAAUGCACUUGAUAGACUCUCAGCACCAGGCUACAUCCCGACACAGCAGGAUGUCUUGAGGACGAGGGUGAAGACGACUGGAAUCGUGGAGACACAUUUUACAUUUAAAGAUUUACACUUCAAAAUGUUUGAUGUCGGAGGUCAACGGUCAGAGCGAAAGAAAUGGAUCCACUGUUUUGAAGGUGUCACCGCAAUUAUAUUCUGCGUCGCCCUCAGCGCUUAUGACCUUGUUUUGGCGGAAGAUGAGGAAAUGAACCGAAUGCAUGAAUCAAUGAAACUAUUUGAUUCCAUCUGCAACAACAAAUGGUUUACAGAAACCUCCAUUAUUCUUUUCCUGAACAAGAAAGAUUUGUUUGAAGAGAAAAUCAGCAAGUCACCCCUUGUUAUCUGCUUUCCAGAAUACUCUGGUUCAAACACUUACGAGGAGGCUGCGGCAUACAUCCAAAUGAGAUUCGAGGACUUGAACAAGAGGAAAGACCAGAAAGAGAUCUACACACAUUUCACAUGCGCCACAGACACUAACAACAUUCAGUUCGUGUUUGAUGCGGUUACCGAUGUCAUCAUCAAGAACAACCUCAAGGACUGCGGUCUCUUCUAAACCUAUUGGAUCAUGUGACAGUCGCAAGACACUCCAGUAAUUGGACGGUUCGUCACUGACCACUGGCGCUGUUUUUUGUAUAGUCAUAUCUAAGCCAUUUGGUUGUAUCCAGUUUUGAGAUCCUUAAUCAUUUUAAAUAUUUUGAUAGGUAGACAGAUUAUUCUAGUUCACUUUUGACCGUUUUGGUAGCGACAAUUAAGUUCUUGAUCCGCUCGAUUGUUCUUGUGUCUUAAGACUUGAAUAUAUACUCUGCAGCCUAUACCUUUAGUAAAGUCAACUGUUGACUUUAUCGAACGAGUAUAGCUCGCACGGAAUCAAGCCAUUGUUUAAUUCAGAGAUAAAACAUGUUCAAUUUACAUGUGGCUAUAUAGCUGCUUUAUUAUUAAAUGCUCUAAUAUGCAAAUAAAUAAUUUGCAUAUAACCAAGAAUAAAAAAAAAAUUAACAUAAGGUGUAUAAUAGUGUUAUGAAUAUAAGAGUGGAAUUUGAUAUAACUAACUACUAUGUAGAUUAUUGUUUUUUCCGUGAAUGUAUAAAAAGGGAGAAGAUAUGAUACAUAGAGCACUUUGACUGUUAGACAUACAACAUCGUAGCAAACACCUUUAUAUUGAGCGAAGAUUCAUCAGCUUAUAUAUAUAUUACUGUUUAAAAACCAUGUACAGUCAACACUACCGGUUGUAAUAGAUUCCCAGAUGCGCAUCACACGGUCCGUGCAAUUAGUGUUAGAGCUAGUUUGAUUUUCCAAGGGGGUGCUAAGUAUUUCAGAGUCGUGUAUCGAUUCUAGUGACAUUGUAGUUCUCCAAGUAAUCUUGUCUAUUAUUACACACUAAAUGUUUAUUUACUCAAUUUAUAGAUGCUCAUUAUGAGUCGAGAAUACCUACGAUUCAUUGUAGUUAAGUUGGGGUUAGUAUUCAAAUUGUGUCAAUGGUUUUACAGUUUUCCCUUGGCAUAUCACGACCGUUUUAAAAGAACUUAACUGUUCCAGUGCACUUCAGUAGUCAAGAGAUAAUAUAUGUCUUUUAUGCGAUAUUGUGUCGUAGUAUAAUUAGCUUUCUUCAACGGAAUCUAAUGUUUGUCAUAACGUUCAGCAGAUUUGUGAAUGUAUUUCUACGAAUAUUUUUCUGUAAGCCGUGAGCUGUAGGAAGGAUUAGAAAUAAUCUUUGGUUAGGUAUGUCUGAGGACGUGUUGGAUGGUAUUUGUUACUAAAUCCUAAUUGUAUUUACUGUAAACCAAUUAAUUAUUUACUGCACUAAUGCAGACAGCCUUCCGUCAGCAUCAGCUGAGCUGAUUGGUUUGGCCUAAGUUUCAAUAUAACAAAUCUAAAUGUUAGAAUUUAGUGGUAUAUUGCAUUGUACAAAAAAAAAUGUGGUUGAAAAAAUUGUAAAAAAAAAAAAAUAUUGUUGCUAAUUGAAAUAAUUUACAUGACAUCACACAUGCAUCUCUAACUGAAAUUAUGUAUAACAUUACUCCCACCUGUAAAUUACACCAAAAUGUUUUAAUUUGGACAAAAUUAUGUAGUUUUAGUAAUCUACAAAAUGAGGAUAAAUAUCUGGACAGUUCCAACCCAAGUAUUGAUACAAUACCACAGUUAUACUAAAAGGAAUCAAGCAACAUUGCUGUUAAUAUAUUAAGUUUAUUUUGGCUGACCUCAUGAAUAUUGUGGUGAAAGACGGAGUGAAAACCCAACGACUACCUUCUAUGUUUCAUUUUAGAAUUGGUUGAACAUCACUAAUGUAUAGCUUUGCAUCUAACUGAAAUUGACAACUUAAAGAAAACAGCACUCACAUAAACCGGAUCGUCGGCAUAUUCUAAUUUUCUAAUUUCUGUGAUGUAGAAUUUUAACUAUCUCAUUAUUUUAGUUCUGAACAGUAUGUUUUAUUAUUCGAAUGUUUGUUCCACAAUGUUAUCUGCAUGUACCAUCGAUGUUUUGAUCUCUAAAGAUUCCUAAUAUUUUGGAAAUCUAUUUUCAACUUGAGUAUUUUCAAUUAUUUGUAUUAAGGCUUAAAUGUUUUUUCUCAAUGUUGUCUAAAAAAACAGAGGUGGGCAUAGACCAUUGUAAAAAAGGUUAUAGUAAUGUUGGUGGUGAUAUUGUCUGCAUGUGGUUCUCCUCUAGUUUAAUAACUAUUAAAAUUACGCAUUUCCAUCUGCCAUGAAAUAAUAUCAAUUUAUUUUUAUCAGAUGAUGACGAUGGAAUUUGAACCAAAUCUUAAUCGGCAAACUGGAUAAAUAUAACUUGAAUGAACUUCAAAUUUAUUAUUCUGUCAUUAAGAAAUGUUGGCCAUUCUCAGAGAGAUACCAUUCCAUAUUUAAUUAUUAGUAGUGUAUAUUGUUGUAUAUGCCUCCACUGUUUUUUGUUUGUUAAUUAGCAUUCCAGAUCUAUGGUAGAUCAGUUUGUGAUGGUCUUCACUGAAGAGUAAUAGCGCCCUCGCUUGACUCACACUCUGUAGGCUUGAAGUACAGCCACUGACAUGUCUGCAAGUGAUGAAUAUUUUACUGAGGCGUUCAUUCAUCAGACAAACUUUGAUUUAUAGUAUUCCAUGUGCUGUCUACUGUGCCAAUGUUUGCUAGACUAGGUGAAAUUACCCCACGAAUAAAUGUAUUAAAACUAAUA